GUUACCCUGCUGACUCUUAUGGCUCGGCACGUGUUCCUGACCGGACCCCCAGGAGUUGGGAAAACAACUUUGAUACAGAAAGCCAGUGAGGUUUUAAAGUCAUCUGGUAUACCUGUUGAUGGAUUUUAUACAGAAGAAGUCAGAAAAGAAGGAAGAAGAAUUGGCUUUGAUGUUGUCACCUUAUCUGGAUUGAGGAGUCCUUUAUCAAGAGUUGGUUUAGAGCCUCCACUGGGAAAACGUGAAUGCCGUGUUGGGCAGUAUGUGGUAGAUGUGACUUCCUUUGAGCAGUUGGCACUUCCAGUCCUAAGGAGUGCAAGUUCCAGCAGUGGCUCGGGGCAUGGAGUCUGUGUCAUUGAUGAAAUUGGGAAAAUGGAGCUCUUCAGUCAGCCUUUCAUCCAGAUUGUUCGGCAGAUAUUGUCCACCCCGGGGACUGUAGUCCUUGGUACAAUACCACUACCUAAAGGAAAACCACUGAGCCUUGUGGAAGAAAUAAGAAACAGAGAUGAUAUUAAAGUGUUCACUGUCACCAAGGAAAACAGAAACCACCUUCUGCAGGAUAUUGUGAUUUACGUUCAGAGAAGCAGGAAGUGACGAGUUUACACUACUGCCUUUUGUGCAGGGGACGAAAACGUGGCAGCUCAAGAGGAGUCCUAUCAGUGCUCUGCCUGUCAAGGUUUUAUGCCAUCAGGUUCCCAAAACCUUGUGGACUUUCUUGAAAAAUGUAUGACAGCUGUUUUCCAUAAAAUGUUU